CAGCACACCUUUUUUCCCACCCCGUGAUGCGCUGCGCUAUUGCAAUUCAGACGGGGGAAGAAGAAGGAAGGAGGGUCCCCGGCUCAUCUUCCCACUCCCUGAACCCCUCGUGUGUGCGUUCAUCUGUUCUUCCCCGACAGGGUCUUCACGAUCCACUUCACAUUCGUUUUAGAAUCUCCCUCUCACUGCCUCCUUCUUCUCCCAGCUGUGUGGCAUCUUCCAGGCGCUGCCCGGUAAUAGGAGCAGUGCGAGGCCCAGCUCUUUAUCACCUGUUGUUGUGGAGACCGGGUCGGAGGCCCGCCCAUCUUAUUUACCUUACAACGAACCUCUUCUGACCGGGCGAUCGCCUGUGACAUUAUCCUCCUCGCUUCUUUUUCAAGGACUUUAUCGAAGACAAAAUGGGGUUCGGCGACUUCGAUUCAAUCUGUGAGAAGGCACCAUUGCCUCUGUGCUCCUUGGUGGGCCCUCCAUCCUCGAUAUCCGGCUUAACGGGCAUUAUCCCCAACUGCUAUGCACGCAACAUCGAACUGGCCAAUACCAUCAUCUUUGAGGGCGCUGCUUCUUUUGUCCAUAUUAUCGCCCUUGGUAUGACGGUGAUCAUGAUUUUGCACAUUCGGUCGAAGUUCACUGCUGUUGGCCGCAAGGAAAUCUUGACCUUCUUCUACAUCUACCUGCUCUUGACUAUGUGUUCUUUGAUUCUGGAUGCAGGCGUGACCCCCCCAGGAAGUAGCUCGUUUCCUUACUUUACUGCUGUGCAAAACGGCCUGGCCUCGGCACUCUGUACCUCGUUGCUCAUCAACGGCUUUGUAGGGUUCCAGCUCUAUGAAGAUGGCACCACUCUAUCUGUCUGGCUCGUGCGACUCAGUUCGGCGGCCAUGUUUGUCGUCUCCUUCCUUGUCUCCCUCGCGACUUUCAAGUCGUGGGGCAGCCUCGGUCCUACUAACACCAUCGGCAUGUUUGUUGUGCUGUACCUUGUGAAUGCCAUCUUCAUCGUGAUUUACCUGGUCAUGCAGCUACUGCUUGUCCUCAACACCCUCGAGGACCGCUGGCCGUUGGGCCAUAUCGCUUUCGGUCUUGUGGUUUUUAUCUGCGGGCAGGUCCUUCUUUACGCGUUCAGCGAUGCGAUUUGCGACAAUGUACAGCACUAUAUGGAUGGACUCUUCUUUGCAACCCUUUGCAAUCUCUUAGCGGUCAUGAUGGUGUACAAGUUCUGGGACUAUAUCACGAAAGAGGACCUCGAGUUCUCUGUUGGAAUCAAGCCCAACACAUGGGAGGUUAAGGAGCUCCUACCCGAAGAGGAUCGCCGGCAGACGAUCUACGCCGAUGCUGAUUCGGAAUAUGCGGGGAGCAUGUACCAUCACCGAGCAUCAACCUAUCACGGCCACAAUUAUUAAAUUGCCAAGCUUGUUGGACUCUAGCAUCUACUCGGACUUUAACACAGUACCUGGUACUUUCUUACCCAUUCCAUCCACAAACGGCCCCUUUCCUCGGCAGACUGGGGGCCGAGUUAAUGAGGGCGGCUCCGAGUCUUACCCCUCCUCCAUCUGGACCUCAGGGCCUAUGCGCAACGUUGUUCUCGCUCCUUUAAACCCUGCUCAGCUCAGUGAGCCAUUGCGGUCAACUGACAAUCCUUUGAAUCAGUGUGUAUAGGGCGUCUUUUUUUUUUUUCUAAUGACCUGUUUGCGUUGUUUGCAUGGAAGCCAUCGCGCCUCCCACCUUGCCAGCUGUAUGCCCAAAUACCCGUUUUUCUUUGUUCUUCUUCUGAGGCCCCAGGAUAAUUAUCCAUGAUGGCCUACUUUGUAAUCCAUGGGUACACAUAUCGUGUACUAAAUACAGUACAUAAGUCACAGUUUAUCAUCCGCACAUGCGA